AAUACAGACAUUUAAUAUUUUUCAUUUUAAAACUAUUCAAUCGAGAUAUAAAUAUUUUGCGUGUAUUAUCGUCAAAGUAUAGAAAUGGAACAGUACUUAAUUAAUACAUAUACUGGAAGUGUAUAGACUGAAAACUGAAGAUCAAAUGUGAAGGUUGUAAAGUAAUAAUAAUAGUCAUCGAAGUCACAAUGAAAGAAAGAUAGAAGGAGAGUAAGAAAGAGAGAGAUAGAGUGAAUGAGAGAAAAACGGAUGAGUCAUGAACUAGUCAAAAUUACUAUCUGCCGUUACUUUCACGAAGAAAAAGGAGAAAACGAAUUCAAAAUUUAUAUGCGUAUCUUUAGCAACGAAAUAGAUCGAAUGAAAGAGAGAAAGGAAGAAAAAACCCAAGCAAACGCAAAUUACGCGGACGGACUGUCGCCUUACGAAAACAAAGGGAUUCUGGGUUUAGAAGAGAGAUACGACACCGCGGAAACCCUUCGCAUAAAGUGUGGCCUAUUGGCGGAAUGGAUUCAAGGCGCGCGACAUGUCGUCGUUCAUACCGGUGCAGGAAUCAGUACAGCCGCAGGCAUUCCAGAUUUUCGAGGAACAAAUGGUGUAUGGACAUUGGAGCAAAAAGGUUUAAGGCCUUCUAUGAAUAUUUCUUUUGACGAUGCAAUACCGACAAAGACACAUAUGGCAUUAAAAAAAUUAAUCGACUGCAAAAAAAUUAAAUUUAUAAUUAGUCAGAAUAUUGAUGGACUGCAUCUUAAAUCGGGUGUUCAGAGACAACAUCUUGCAGAACUACAUGGCAAUAUGUUCACCGAACAAUGUGAUAAAUGUGGAAAGCAGUUCAUCCGUAAUUUUGCAAGCAAGAGCGUUGGUAAGAAAUCUUUGGAUACGGUAUGCAGAUCUGAACAGAUAGGUGGUCGUCCAUGUCGUGGGCGUAUGCACGACACUAUCCUCGAUUGGGAACACAAUUUACCGGAUAGUGACUUGACGUUGUCAGAUUUGCAUUCCAGCGUUGCUGACUUGAGUAUUUGCUUGGGAACAACUUUGCAAAUAAUUCCAAGUGGGAAUCUUCCAUUAUAUACUAAAAAAUACGGAGGGAGACUUGUUAUAUGCAAUUUGCAGUCCACCAAACAUGACAAGAAAGCUGACCUAAUCAUUAAUGGAAAUGUCGAUGAAAUUAUGGUCAGUGUUAUGAAGAAGUUGGGAUUAGAAAUACCUGUAUACGAUACCAGUAUGGAUCCAACACGUAAUCCUGAUACGACGUGCAAGGAAAUGGAUUGGACUAUACCAACCAGCAGAAUAAAGGAGAUGAACGUACUAUAUAAAAAAGUAUGCAAACCAAUGAGAAGAAAACGAAAAACGUUUAUGUAUGAGAGAGAAAAACCUGACCCUAAAAGAGAGACCAAGACAAGAAAGCAAGCAUUUACUAUGAAACAAGAGAUUAAGAUGGAGAAUGAUGUAGAUAGGAUCCAAGGAAUGCACAAGCAAGAUGACAGUAUGCUUCUUAAUGCUGUUAAAGUUGAAAAAGAUAUAGGGGACGUUGGAUCUUGUACUUAUUCGGUAGACAAUGUAUCGCAGCUUAAUAAUGCCGACAUAAAACUGGCUAAAACAGUGUAGCGUGAUUUAGUAGUUGAUUAUUACGCGUUUUAAUAUUUGUAUUAAUCUCUGUGUACGCAAACAGUAUUUACGAGUGCUCAUAGAAUGGAUGUUCAUUGUAUGCGGAGACUGUCUAACAGAGCUUCUGAUUUAUUUGUAUAAGAAAUCUUUUCAAAAUAAGUUUUUAAUUUAUAUGAAAAACAAAAAGAACAAAAAAAAAAAAAAGAAAAGAAAGAAGGAAAAAGAAAUCAUUUUUUACGAACCAAUAAUGCGAGUGCUUUCCAAAUUGUAAAUACGGUCGUGAUCUUCGAAUUCAUUUUCUUCCAUUUCAAUGAAUUUUUAUCUCGUCAGCUUUACAUCUAUUACGCGUUUAAGCAAAUAUUGUUAGUAUCCAUUUUUUUCUCAUAGUGUACUAUACUAUCUCUCUCAUUCUCUCACUCACUCUCUCUCUCUCCCUCUCUCUCUCUCUCUCCCCCUCCCCUUUCUCUAUUUUUACUCUAUACGUGUUGUAUACUAGAAGCAUAAUUUACAUUUCAAAAAAGCGACAAGGUUGUGCAUAUAAGUGAGUAAACUUUUUGCAUCUUUUCAACAAAUCUGGAAGUAGGAAUCUUUUAAAUAUGUGAGACGAGUAACGAAAAAGCCUCACAUUUUAUCGGCGAUAGGUAAAAGAUGAAAACGAGAGAAAACAUUAAAACAAAAAAAAAAAGAAAUAAAAAAGAAAAUAAAAAGAAUAAAUAAAAUAAAAGAAAAGAAAAGAAAAGAAAAUAAAAGAGAAGAAAAGCAAAGAAAAGAAAAGAAUAAAAAUAAAAAUAAAAAUAAAAAUACAAAUACAAAUCUCACGCUUGACGGCAUGAUUAAUACCGUGCACCGCAAGUAACGAAAUCUUGUAAUAUUUGUAUGUAAAUAGCGAUCAUUUGCUUUCAUUUUUUCAAUCGAUAUACAUUAUUGAUCAAAUUAUCGUCAUGUCGAUAAUAAAAUAAAGCUGUCAUAACUACUUAA